AUGACCGAGGACUUUAAGCCCUUGAAAUGGUCAAAACUUCUCGUUGAGGCAUCUGAAAAAAUGGGCCGCUCAGCCACUGUUGCCGCUAGCUUUAAGAAGAUGCUAGAGGAUGCUGGUUUUGUGGACGUCCAAGAGAAGAAAGAAAUGUGGCCUUUCAAUCCAUGGGCCAAGGACAAGAAGCAUAAGGAGCUGGGUUAUUGGACGCAAGAAUCUGCCUUCAAAGGCAUUGAAGCGGUGUCAAUGGCUGUAUUCACUCGUGUCCUUGACUGGAGCCCGGAAGAGGCGAGAGUCUUCUGCGCUGAGGUCAGGAAUGAACACAAGAAGAUUGGGGUUCAUGCGUACUGGGAUAUAUACGCGGUUUGGGGACGAAAGCCUGAGGAGGUGGAUGAGAAGGAUGAGACGAACCAGUCAUAG